CGUUACAAGUGUCACAACGCCCAAUGCAAGCUUAGUUCUUGCUCAAUCUUCAAAAGCUCUUCUCCACUGCACCUAGCAUUCAACACCACCACUCCACAUCACAUCCGCCAUGGAGACAUAUCACGGCCACGUUCGCACACCGAACGAUGCAAUAAUAUUGUUCGAGGCCUGCCGCAUUGGCAUAUUACCACGCGUACAGCGCCGCCUGUCAGAGAAAGAGCGCCAGCAGAUCAAGUCAGGCUCAGUAUUCGUAUGGGAUGAGCGCGAGGCAGGCAUGAGGAGGUGGACAGAUGGCAAAUCAUGGAGCGCGAGCCGAGUGUCUGGCAGCUUCUUGACAUACCGGGAAAUGGAGGGCAAGCGAGGAGGCGCAGCACCCACACCACCACUCGUCAAGAGGACGAGUGGAAAGUCUCCUGACGGCUCUGCAACUGGCGACUCGGACGGCGAGGGCCCAGAUGGUUACCGCUACAAGCCAGACGGUCUCAUGAAACAGUCAUUCAGUAUCACGACCUCCAGCGGUCAGCACCUCCACCUCAUCAGCUACUACUCGCGUUCGAACUCGAAUAACCUCCCACAACCGACCAACGAUGCGCAACUACGACACAUUAGACCUCCCAAGAACAUGUACCCCGAGUCGACCGUCGCAGAAACCCAGGCUGCGCCCGCCGUUACCCGUGGGCCCAUGCCUAGCUCUCCUCACGCUGCCGCUGCCUACAGCAUGGGACCAGCCUCACCGUACGCGCAUGCUGGGCCCGUGGCUCCCAUGUAUGCAAUCCCAAUGUACCCUCCCACACCACCAACCGGCACCCCCCCUGUUCACCCGUACCGCGCGGGACCUCCGAGCUUCUUCUACCAACCCCUCUACGCACCGCCUGGAUAUUACAUCCCGCCUCACCCACAAAGUCACGUUCUGGACCGCCCUCCACAGGCUGUCGGCCACCCUCACGCACCGCCAGGCCACCCAAUGUACGCUCACCACCCCAUAUACGCCGCGCACGCGGCCCAAGCAGGCCAGUACAUGGUCAGUCCUCCUCCAGCACGUGCACCAUCUUCUGCCGAGCUGGCGCAACAUCAGCCUCCACCCCCUCCCGCUUCUGCUUCGUCAAUUCCCGAGCAAGGACCUCAACUGCCUGCCAUCAACGGUGCAGCUGCAUCUGUAGGCGCCACCAAGCCACCAACACCUGAUGGGGAGAAGUCACCUGCUCAGAAUGGCGCGGAGUCUACCAGCACAGCAGCAUCUCGUCCCCUUCCAACGCUCACUUCACUUCUCAACACCAACGGCACCGACAAGGACAACCAGAGCUCGUCUCGAUCAGGCAGCCGCAGCCCAAACACUGCAUCAAGGUUCCCUCGCGAUCUUGCUCCAGAGCGUCUGGCUAAGAACAGCACCGCUGCGGAUAGCAGCGCGCUUAACAAGCUCAACAGUGUCUUCGUCAGGUCUUAGGACUUUGUUUUUGAACUCUCGUUUCUUUGCGUGUCGACUGUACUCUCAGUGUACUCGGCGGAUAUGUUAGCAUUUACGAACUGCA